AAACAAAAUCAACAAUGAUAUCACUCAAGCAAGGAGCUGAAGCAAAAUUAUACUCGUAUGAUUUUUAUGGGAAACCAUGUAUUAUUAAAGAGAGAUUUAAAAAGAAAUACCGUCACGAUAUUCUAGAUUCGAGCCUUACGGAACAGAGAAUCAAGGCAGAAGUGCGGGCUAACUUCCGAUGCAGGAUGGCAGGUAUUCUUACACCUACAAUUUUCAUGGUUAAUUUCAAGGACAGCAUAAUCUACAUGGAGAAAAUUUUAUCUUCCAUCACUGUUAGAGAACACAUCUUAAAUAUCCAAUCUACAGACAAGUUAACAGCUAAUGAAAAGUUACAUACUGUAGCUGAAAAAAUUGGAAAAAUUCUUAGCAAGCUGCACAGUAAUAAUAUCAUACAUGGGGAUUUAACCACUUCCAAUAUGCUUUUACAAGGAGAUUCUUCUGAUCCCAGACUUUAUGUUAUUGACUUUGGACUGAGCUCAUUUGAAGACUCAGCAGAAAGUAAAGGAGCAGACCUCUAUGUGAUUGAGAGAGCAUUUUUGAGUUCCCAUCCAAACUCUGAAUGUUUGUUUGAAACAAUACUAAGCUCAUAUCAAAAUGAAAUGGAGAACAAGUCUGCUUGUCAUGAGGUAUUGGCAAAGCUAGAAGAAGUUAGAUUACGAGGCAGGAAAAGGACAAUUGUUGGUUGA